AUGCAAACAGAAGUACAUGAGGGGUUGUGUGAAAACUAUUUUUCUCUUGCUGAACUACAAAGACAUAGAAUCAAGCUGCUUCUUCUGGACAUACUGGUUUUUCUUCUUCUUUCUUUUCUUCUCUUUUUCCUAUAUCUUGUGGAUAUUAUGGCUAAUAACACAACAAGUUUAGGAAGUCCAUGGCCAGAAAACUUUUGGGAGGACCUUAUAAUGUCCUUCACAGUAUCCAUGGCAAUUGGGCUCGUAAUUGGAGGAUUUAUUUGGGCUCUGUUUGUGUGUCUGUCUAGAAGAAGAGCCAGUGCGCCCAUCUCACAGUGGAGUUCCAGCAGGAGAUCUAGGUCAUCUUACACCCAUGGCCUCAACAGAACUGGAUUUUACCGCCACAGUGGCUGUGAACGUCGAAGCAACCUCAGCCUGGCCAGUCUCACUUUCCAGAGACAGGCUUCCCUGGAGCAAGGAAAUUCCUUCCCAAGAAAAUUAAGCUUCAGGGCUUCUACUUUUCAUCCCUUUCUGCAAAGUCCACCACUUCCUGUGGAAACAGAAAGUCAGCUGGUGACUCUCCCCUCUUCCAAUACGUCUCCUGGCAUCAGCACUUGCCACAGUCUGAGCCGCCCUGACCUCCACUGGUCCACUAACAGUCUUCGAGUUGGGCUGUCAGCACCGCCCCCACCUGCUUAUGACUCCAUCAUAAAGGCAUUCCCGGAUUCUUGAGGAGGGUACCUAGGGUUCUUCUUUCUUUCUUG